UGGAGCGGGAGGCGAGGGAGACGGGCUCUUCCCAGCUGUCCGGGCCCUCCGUGGCGCUGGCCGACUUCAACUCUUUUGUCUUUUAUUAAUCGACCCCUGAGGAUCCGCAGCACUGGGAGAAACUUUUGAGAAGCCACAGCCUUGAGGAGCAGCUUGGGCCUUUCUGCAACGUUUCAGCCCGAUGGAGGAUCCCAUCCAGCUGAAAGAGGAAGGCAAUAAAUACUUCCAGGCCAGCGAUUAUGAGAAAGCCGUUCAAAGCUACACGCGGGCUAUAAAGCUCAGCAAGGACCGGGCGCUGCAGGCAGUGCUGUACAGGAAUAGGGCGGCGUGUUUCCUGAAAAAGGAGGAAUACGUCAAGGCGGCCUCGGAUGCAUCUCGAGCUAUUGAUAUCAAUGCUUCGGAUAUCAAAGCCUUGUUCCGGCGCAGCCAGGCUCUGGAAAAGUUGGGGAAGUUGGACCAAGCAUUCAAAGAUGCUCAGAAAUGUGCUACCAUCGAACCCCACAACAAAAACUUCCAGGAGACCCUGAGGCGACUGGGAGCUGACAUCCAGGAGAAGCUGCGCAUUCAGUUCUCCACGGACAUGCGGGUGCAGAAGAUGUUUGAAAUUCUGCUGGAUGAGAACAGCGAGAAAGAAAAGCGCGAAAAGGCUGCAAACAACCUCAUAGUCCUUGGGCGGGAGGAAGCAGGCGCAGAGAGGAUAUUCCAGAACAACGGGGUCAACUUGCUGCUGCAGCUGAUAGAAACCAAAAAUGCUGAGUUGAUCCUGGCAGCUGUGAGGACGCUUUCCGGCAUGUGCACGGGACAUAAAGCUCGAGCCACCGCAAUUCUCCAUUACCUAGGCAUCGACAGCAUUUGUAUGUGGAUGUCGGUAGACAACGAAGAAAUCUCCCUGGCUGUCUGCAACCUCCUGCAGAGCAUCAUUGACUGCUUCCUGGGCGAGGGGCAAGAGGAGCAUCACGGCAAGGAGGAGGCCCUGGUGUUAGAUACUAAAAAAGAUUUGAGGAUGAUCACAACGCAUUUGCUGGAUAUGUUGGUCAGUAAGAAAGUAUCGGGGCAAGGACGAGAUCGAGCCCUCAACCUCCUCAACAAGAAUAUACCGAGGAAGGAUCCGAAGGACCAUGACAACAGUAGGACCACCUUUGUCAUCGACAAUGGCUUAAAAAAGAUACUGAAGGUGGUGGGCCAGAUUCCUGAGAUGCCUGACUGCCUGCCGUUGACAGAGAACACCCAGCUGACUGCGUCUGUCCUCCUAAAUAAACUCUAUGAUGACCUGCGCUGCGAUCCAGAGCGUGACAAUUACCGGGUGAUCUGCGAAGAGUACAUCAAGAGCAAAAUCGACCCUCAGGACAUGGAUAAGACACUCCAUGCCAUCCAGAUAGUGUCUGGAGUACUGCAAGGGCCCUUUGACUUGGGCAACAAGCUGCUAGGCAUGAAAGGAGUCAUGGAGAUGAUGGUUGCCCUGUGUGGGUCUGAGAGGGAGAUUGACCAGCUGGUGGCUGUGGAAGCCCUCAUCCAUGCCUCCACCAAACUGAGUCGGGCCACCUUCAUCAUCUCCAAUGGGGUGACACUCCUGAAGGAGAUCUACAAGAAGACCAAGAAUGAGAAGAUCAAAAUUCGAGCCCUGGUGGGUCUCUGCAAGUUGGGCUCAGCAGGAGGCACUGAUUAUGGGCUACGGCAGUUUGCUGAGGGGUCCACUGAAAAGCUAGCCAAGCAGUGUCGAAAAUGGCUGUGCAACACCAGCAUUGAUACCCGCACCAGGAAGUGGGCUGUGGAAGGGCUGGCGUAUCUAACCCUCGAUGCAGAUGUGAAAGAUGACUUUGUUGAAGAUGAGCCAGCCCUGCAAGCUAUGUUUGAAUUAGCCAAGACAAGUGACAAGACUAUCUUGUAUUCUGUGGCUUCUGCACUGGUGAAUUGUACCAACAGCUAUGAUACCAAGGAUCUGGUCCCAGAGCUGGUGCAACUGGCAAAAUUCUCCAAGCAGCACGUGCCUGAGGAGCAUCCAAAGGACAAGAAGGAUUUUGUUCUGAAGCGGGUGAAACGAUUGCUGAAAGCUGGAGUUGUCUCUGCUUUGGCCUGCAUGGUGAAGGCAGACAGUGCCAUACUGACGGACCAGAGCAAGGAGCUCAUAGCCAGAGUGUUCCUUGCCUUGUGUGAAGACCCCAAGGACCGUGGGACUAUUGUCGCUCAAGGUGGUGGAAAGGCCCUGAUACCUCUGGCUGUGGAAGGCACAGAUGUAGGCAAGAUAAAGGCUUCUCAUGCUCUGGCAAAAAUCGCUGCCAUCUCCAAUCCAGACAUUGCGUUCCCAGGGGAGAGGGUGUACGAGGUGGUGAGGCCCCUCGUGAGCCUGCUGAACACAGAGAGGGAUGGCCUCCAGAAUUACGAGGCUCUGUUAGGUCUCACUAACUUUUCAGGAAGAAGUGAUAGACUUAGGAUGAAGAUAGUCAAAGAGAGAGCCUUGCCAGACAUUGAAAACUACAUGUUUGAGAAUCAUGACCAACUUAGACAGGCAGCCACAGAGUGUAUGUGCAACCUGGUGGUCAGCAAGGAGGUUCAGGAGCGGUUUGUGGCUGAUGGAAAUGACCGGCUGAAGCUGGUGGUGUUACUGUGUGGUGAAGAUGAUGAGAAAGUCCAGAUUGCAGCAGCAGGAGCUUUAGCCAUGCUUACAGCUGCCCAAAAGAAACUCUGCUCUAAGAUGACUGAAGUGACAACCCAGUGGCUUGAAAUCCUGCAGCGGCUCUGCUUGCAUGAUAACGUGGAAGUGCAGCACCGCGGACUGGUCAUAGCUUUCAAUUUAAUGAGUGCUGACAAAGGACUGGCAAAGAAGCUGGUGGAGACAGAGCUACUAGAGAUCCUGACCUUCAUUGGCAAGCAAGAAGAUGACCCCAAGAAGCAGCACAUCAUUAAUGUAGCACGUGAUUGCCUUACAAGGUGCAUGGAUUAUGGGCUGAUCAAACCUCUCUCAGGCGUAAAGAAAUGAAAAGCACCAAAAAAGCUCUGUGUGUGGGAGCUACUGAGAAAUGAUCUCUGCUCUCAAGUGAAUUGUGUUCUGUAAUCAUCCACAACUUCAGUGAUUCCUAGUGAUGGUGGGACAGCAGGAGAGGGUUUAAUUGCUUCCCAUGCUGUAGUCAGAAAAUAGGUUUGAAGAUGUUUAGUUGUGUGCUUUUUUCUUCAUUUAUGGGAUUUUUUUAAUUGGCUUUAAGUGGAGUGCCAAUGUGUGAGGAUGCUGGAUGAACUCUUAAUAAAUUCACUACUUUUUCCGUGUGGAAUCCCUGCUGUUCUGCUUUCAUUAAAGCAAAUGAAGGAUCUCGGAGAUUUCUCCCUUGUAAUCUUAUAUCAUAACCAGGAAGAAGAGAAAACGGUUCAUAAAAGAGGCUAAAUUUCCACCACUUGCAAAAUACCUAAUGCUGCUCAGAUGAAUAUGCAAAGCCAUCACAAGUAGGCUGUAUGAGGAAGCAGCACUAAUAGGGGACACACUGCUUGGCUCAGCAGGGAAUAUUGAAAAUACCUGAUUUAUGAAAGAAGCAGAAUGAGAAGCAAAUCCACCGGUUU